ACACUUCUCUAACGCAGUCAGACACAGUACUACAUGGCGUGUAGUUAAUUUUAUAUACCAGUGUACAGUGUGGCCGUUCAUAGACGCGACUCUCAAAUUUUUUAUCAGAGUUCAACUCACUUUGUGAUCCCUUUAUUGCGAUUUAAUUGAAGGAAUAAUUUUUUUACAAUCAUGUCUAACAAAUACGACGCUAAUCUUUCCAGACUGAGAAAUAAUAGCGAUGAUAGCGACGACGAUCAUCACUCUCAAAUCAAAAUAGAUCAUAGAAUGGAAAAAGAGGAUUUGGUUGCACCAACCAUCAAUCCACAUGAACACAAAUUACAGUAUGCUUAUGCCUUGUGGUACAGUAGGAGGAAUCCUGGAAAACAAAAUAGUAUUCAAGCGUUCGAUCAGAAUUUGAAACUGAUUGGAAGAUUUGCUAGUGUUGAGCAAUUUUGGGGGUUGUAUAGUCAUUUAUCGAGGCCUUCAGACCUUGCCACCCAUACAGAUUUCCAUCUUUUCAAAAUUGGAAUUAAACCUAUGUGGGAAGAUGAAGCUAAUCAAAGAGGUGGAAAAUGGAUAGUACGUUUGCGUAAAGGUUUAGCUUCUCGAUGUUGGGAAAAUCUUAUUUUAGCAAUGCUGGGUGAGCAGUUCAUGGUUGGCGAAGAAAUAUGUGGAGCUGUGGUUUCUAUUAGAUUUCAAGAAGAUAUAAUAUGUGUAUGGAAUAAAACAGCCCAGGAUGUUGCUACUACUGCAAGAAUCAGGGAUACUUUAAGACGCGUUUUACACCUUCCUCCGACUGCUACCAUGGAAUACAAGACACAUAAUGAAAGUUUGAAAAAUGUUACAAGAUCGUGAAGUUCAAAGAAAAACUACCUGAAAUGAAGGUAUAUUUCCGUAUCUCGAUUUUUUACACAUUUAAAAAUUAUUUGCAGAAAAGUACAUUUACGUAAAAAUAUAAAAUAAUCAUUGUAAACUUCUCUUCUUGGUGAAGAAUUCAAAUUGUACUUACAACAAUGACUUUAUAUGUUUGAGUAUAAUAUGCCAUAGUGAUAGUGACAAAUUCAUACUCUUGAAACGGUAUUACUUCCUAACAUUUUAUCAAUCAAUUGUCAUUUUGAAGCAUCAAUUUUGUGUGAAUGUACAGCAAUCAACAAUGUAAUUCAUUGAAUUUUUUGACAUUUUGUAAAUAAUGCUGUAAAUAAUGGUUAUAGAAAUAAAAUAUAGGCAAGUCA